AUGAGAUCGUCUUGCCUUCACGAUCCAGCGGAAUACGUCUCCAAAGCAAAACAUCGAUGGGCUGGUCAUAUAAUGAGGACAGACAACAGAUGGACACUAAGGGGUUUAAAACGGAUCCCUCACGAAGCAAAACGUCGCCACCGACCAGAUGAGCUAACUCUCGUUGCACGGAUGGACCAGUUGAAAUCUCAGCUGAUAAGAAAUAAUGAUCGUCGUGAACAUCGCUGUGGUAAUGCAAUGCCAGCAUCGUGGAUGACGCUAGCGAGAAGCAGAAACGGAUGGAGAAAUUGCUGUGGUCUGACAAGUGAAGACGCGGUUUAA